GGAAGGGCGUGGCUUCUCGUAGCUAUUAGAAACCACCAACCCUUUCACCUCAGCUCGCCUCAGUCCGGCAUGUGCCUCGGAGUCUAAGGUGGCCCUUCUGAGGAAGAGCCUGACGUCCGACUGCUCGAACAUAAGGACGGGCUGGUCCUGGAAGGAGCGCUCUCGGCAUUGACCUUGGAAACCAAAGUGCCCGUGGUGUUUGUGAAACAGAGAAAGAUAGGCGGCCAUGAUCAGACCUUGAAGGCAUAUCAGGAGGGCAGACUUCAAAAGCUACUAAAAAUGAAUGGCUCUGAGGAUCUUCCUGAGUCCUACGACUAUGACCUUAUCAUCAUUGGAGGCGGCUCAGGAGGACUGGCAGCUGCUAAGGAGGCAGCCAAGUAUGACAAGAAGGUGAUGGUCCUGGAUUUUGUCACUCCAACCCCUCUUGGAACUAGAUGGGGUCUUGGAGGAACGUGUGUGAAUGUGGGUUGCAUACCUAAAAAACUGAUGCACCAGGCAGCUUUGUUAGGACAAGCCCUGCGAGACUCUCGCAACUAUGGAUGGAAAGUCGAGGACACAGUUCAACACGACUGGGAAAAAAUGACAGAAGCUGUACAGAAUUACAUCGGCUCACUGAACUGGGGCUACCGGGUCGCUCUGCGGGAGAAAAAAGUCACCUAUGAGAAUGCUUAUGGGCAGUUUGUUGGUCCUCAUAGGGUUAAGGCAACCAAUAAUAAAGGCAAAGAAAAAAUUUUUUCAGCGGAGAGAUUUCUCAUUGCCACUGGUGAAAGGCCACGUUACUUGGGCAUCCCUGGCGACAGAGAGUACUGCAUCAGCAGUGAUGAUCUUUUCUCCUUACCUUACUCCCCGGGUAAGACCCUGGUGGUUGGAGCAUCCUAUGUCGCGUUGGAAUGUGCUGGGUUUCUCGCUGGUACUGGUUUAGAUGUCACUGUUAUGGUACGGUCCAUUCUCCUUAGAGGAUUUGACCAGGACAUGGCCAACAAAAUUGGUGAACACAUGGAAGAACAUGGCAUCAAGUUUAUAAGACAGUUUGUACCAAUAAAAGUUGAACAAAUUGAAGCAGGGACACCAGGCCGACUGCGGGUGGUAGCGCAGUCCACCAAUAGUGAGGAAACCAUUGAAGGAGAGUAUAAUACGGUAUUGCUGGCAAUAGGAAGAGAUGCUUGCACAAGAAAAAUUGGUUUAGAAACCGUGGGAGUAAAGAUAAAUGAAAAGACUGGAAAAAUACCUGUCAGUGAUGAGGAGCAGACCAAUGUGCCUUACAUCUAUGCCAUUGGUGAUAUAUUGGAGGAUAAGCUGGAGCUAACCCCAGUAGCAAUCCAGGCGGGAAGAUUGCUGGCCCAGAGGCUUUAUGCCGGCUCCCAUGUCAAGUGUGACUAUGAAAAUGUUCCAACAACUGUAUUUACUCCUUUGGAAUAUGGUGCUUGUGGCCUUUCUGAAGAGAAAGCUGUGGAGAAAUUUGGGGAAGAAAAUAUUGAGGUUUACCAUAGUUACUUCUGGCCAUUGGAGUGGACCAUUCCAUCCAGAGAUAACAACAAAUGUUAUGCAAAAAUUGUCUGUAACAUCAAAGACAAUGAACGUGUUGUGGGCUUCCACGUACUGGGCCCAAACGCUGGAGAAGUUACACAGGGCUUUGCAGCUGCGCUGAAGUGUGGACUGACCAAACAGCAGCUGGACAGCACCAUUGGAAUCCACCCCGUCUGUGCAGAGGUGUUUACAACGCUUUCGGUGACCAAGCGCUCUGGGGGAAGCAUCCUCCAGGCCGGCUGCUGAGGUUAAGCCCCAGUGUGAAUGCUGCUGCCCAGACUCUAUACCACUGAUUUGUUUCCUCGCCCAGAUCCAAGGCAGAGUUUUUAGGAAGGCCCUUGGGGUCUUGGCACCGCAUGCCCUGUGCUUACCACCCGAGGCCCUCUUGGAUCUCUCUUGGGUAAGGAGGUGGUAAAUAGCAGGCAGUCAGCAUCACACUGGGGUCACCGUGAUGGACUCAGAGCUGAUAUUGGCAGCGCAUCGAGGGAUGCAUCCAUGAAGUCACUGGCCUCAAGCCCAUGUGGGGGGCGGUGAUGGAACAGCUGUCGAAUCAGCUUUGGCAUGACCUUUCCUUUGUGAGUUUCCACUAGUCUCAAUGUCAAGCUUUCUCAAAAAAACCCAGUGCCACAUGUUGAUUGUAUUUUCCUCCAUAGUGUUAAUGACACUAGAGGUGAAGAAUGUUAGCAGCUGAUUUUUGUCCAAAAGCGAGUCAAGGCUAGAACACCCUAAUAAGGUGUCCUGUUGCCUUGGCCCCCUUGGGGGCUGUCUGGGCUCAUCCCAUGAAAGAGCGCUCUCCUCCAUGUGCUUCAGAGGAUUAGAAUGUACUGUUCCACUUGAUAGAACUGCUUAGCAGUGUCUGUUCAAUAAAUUAUAAGUCGUAUAUCCAAAACAGGCAAAUCUGUGAACGACCCUGGCCAAACCUGCCUGCAUGUACUACAUCACUGGUUGUUAUCCUUUUAAGUUCUGUUUAGGAAGCGAAAUGACCACUUGGCCAGCCUGUUUGAAGUAACACUCAUUGCACAGGUCAAGUGGCACAGAACACGUAACUGGGUCAUACAGUAUGAUUUCCACCAUUAUUUGUCAUGGAGGCAGAUGCAAGGGGAAAAACAGUAAAUGUAUUUUCUUUAGUCCAUCGUGUGUUAGUCUGAGUGAACUGAGGUCUUUUGCAAUGGAAGACACUUGACUUGUUUCAACCUCUUUGUUUACUAGCUUUAACUUUAAGCUAGAAGUACACAAUAUCACGUCUUUGUUUUUCUUGUGUGUUAAGUAUCUGCCCCUUCCUGAGAACUACAUUCCUAGGAAACUAGGUCUUCCCACAUUUAUGAUUUAAUCUUUUGUGGUAAUUGCUUUUUAAAGGAAGCUGUUAAUAGCAUAACUUAUUAUUAUUAUUUUUGAACACAGGUGGAUGUGUGAAGGAUUUUCAUUUAAAAACCAAAUGGUUUUGACUUUCUCUGUUGAAAGAACACCUGUACCUGGUGGAAUUUUUGUAGGAAUGUUUAUGCUUUGUUAGCAUUCCAACUUGUAUUAUUGCAAAACGGUAUUAAGUCCUUGGUUAGUUCUCUCUAUGUAAGUGUGCUGACUAAGGAUUAUUUGUAGGCCGUCUUUGCUCACUGUGUAAGUUGAGUUUUGGCAGUGCUGUGGACAUCAGGCCUCCCACCAGCACUGCUUGUAGCAUCUUGUUCACUCCCUCCCACAACUUGCAGCUCUCGCUGAGGCACUGAGUGGUCAUUUCACAGGACAUUUCUGGGCCACCUCAGGGAGCGCCUGCAUCUGCCUGCCAUUUGGUCAGCGAGCACCUGCCCUUUCCCACAGGGCACUGCCUCGCCUCUCAUCCCAUGUGGUUACGUGGAGAAAACGGGAAAGGAAUCAACAAGAGGGGGUUUGAGGCAGUUGACUGUGAUAAGUUUUAUUAUUAUUAAUUGUUUUCCCCCAGUCUGCCAGUCUCUGAAAUUAAAACAACAGGCAGUAUGAGAUGACCGUGCCUAAUCAUGUUAUGAUUCUGUCUUCUUAGUAAAUGGAAUGUUCUGCCCCCACAAGAAUUAUACUUCAUAGACUUCUCCUGUUUAGGUUUGUAACUUCCCAGUGUACUGAAACCCAUACUAAAUCUUCUGAGAACAAAACAAAACAAUGUGAAACAUUAAAAGAUGUUAAUAUCCA